AUGCCAAUGGGAUGCUACCGAAGGUUCGAACAGCACCUGAUUUACGAGCUGUCUCUCUUAUCCUCCCAUCUCCGUCACGAAGGACCCAUUGCUUCGGGUAACUUCGCCUCAGCUCGGGACUGCUCGGCUCCUCGUGCGAACAGCGGCGCUCAGUGCCCCGACAGAGGGGCCCGCGUUAACAGUCGUCUCUCAGUCGACAUGGUCAUGAAGCAGCAACUGGACGUAGAUAAGGUUAUCAUUCACCUCCUAGAGGUCGGCAAGAAGAAGCAUGACAAGCAGGUGUCGAUUCGGGAUCCAGACUUCCUUUCCUAUGAUACCGAUGAUUCAAAAAAGCCUAUCAUCACCAGAGGAGAAGAGAAAUCCUGGAUCAAGUCUUUAUCUUUGCGUGACAACACUAAAAAAACACGGAAGCCUCCGACCCUACAAUCUCUACCUGCGAUAGAAUUGAGAGAACAUAGGUCAUUGACUCUGAAAAGUAAACAACAGCAACCAACAUUGGAUAGCAAUGGAUGA